AUGAUUCUUCCUUCGUGUUUAUUCUAUCGCAUUGCACACGUUCCUCGAUCCAAGCUUGUAUACGAGGUCGUUGAAUGCAUGGAAUGGAAACCGGUGGUGCGGUUGCGAGUACACAUCUCGUUGUACAAUAAGAACGUUACCAAAACUCUCGUUCUCAAACCAUAUAUAACAGAACCGAUUGGUGAACUGUCCGUCACCGUGAUAUCAGUCACAAAACCGGUGGGAAAUAUUCUCAAUGGCAGAUUUGCGAUUGCAAGAAACGAAAUCCUAGCGAUACCAGAACAACAUAAGUUCCCGUGGAAUGAACAAGCCUCAAGCAACUUCCACCAAUGCGAAAAUCGAGUAGUUUGCGAAUGUGACGUCACGGAUGAACCAGUCCAUUGUAAUUGCCCAAAAGAAACCAUAGCGAGCAUAAGAGCAGAUAUAUCCAACGUGCUCCCCAUUUCAACUCCCUUCAUGAGAAUCAUCGGCGAAAACGAAUCAUCCGCGCUCUCCACAAAGGAGGAAAUGACAAUAUCAAUCGAAUCCAAGAUCAUGAAAGAGACCGCUGAAUACGUGGUGCGACAGGCCUGCAAAGUGUCCUUAGGACCUAUCAGAGGAUGCUAUAACUGCUUAGAAGGAGCCACAUUGAACUCAUUCUCUGCGACGAACACAGCUUUUCGGUCGAAUGUGAUUCAUCUAAUCGAACCGAAGCAAGUCAUUCUCGACUUCCAAAAAGCAAUCGUGGAUGAAGAAUGUCGAGUAGAAUGCAAUGAGCAAGCAACAAAGUUAAAGGUGCAUGGUACCCUAGCUUAUAUGCCCCAUGUUCAUGAUUCUGAAAUCCUGGACUCCCAUGAAAAGUCCUGGACAGAACCUACGAGCUGGUUCCAUGACUUCAACAUCCCCGAUCUAAGACCCCUUCUACGGGCUGCAGCUGAUCACUGGAAGGCUGCACUCCUCAUAUUCACAGCCACUGCGAUCAUUGGCAUAGCAACAUACUUCUUAGGACCGACUCUUAUCCUUUACCUGAUUCAAAUACUGUUCACAUCCGCUGAACUAUUCGCCCAGUUAGUACUUUCACUUCUUCACGCAGCGUGUGAGCUCAUCAAAAAGAUAUGCCAAAAAUAG